AUGGCCAAAGACACUCGAAAUCCGCCAACUUUAACAAGAUGGUAUAUCGACACCCGCCCUCUUACUCUUUCCACAACAACCCUCCCCCUCCUCACCACACUGCAAGAACCAGACCAAACCGCUGUCCAGAAGUUCUACCACCUCAAAGACAGGCACAUGUCCCUAGCCUCCAACCUCCUAAAAUACCUCUACAUCCACCGAACCUGCCGCGUUCCCUGGUCCUCCGUCGUCAUUUCACGCACACCAGAUCCACACAGACGGCCAUGCUUCAUUCCAGACCCGUCCAAGUUAAGCGGCAGUGAUGCGGUAGUCAACGUCGAAUUCAACGUCAGCCACCAGGCGUCAAUGGUUGCGAUUGCCGGAACAACCAUACCAACCAAUCCUGAUUCUAGUCCGGACUCAACAUCCCGCAAACCAGAAGUCGGGAUUGACAUUACAUGCGUGAACGAGCGGCAGGGCCGGGCCGGUGAAGAACGCACCCUUGCAGCACUAUAUAGCUACGUCGAUAUAUUCUCCGAGGUAUUUUCGGCGCGUGAAAUCGCGGAAAUGAAGCGGUUGCCUGGCGCUCCAUCAAACACCACUAGCAAUGGUAGUGUCAAUGCCCGUGCGGAGUACGGAUAUAGGCUAUUUUAUACAUAUUGGGCGCUGAAGGAAGCUUAUAUAAAAAUGACAGGAGAAGCACUACUAGCGUCCUGGCUGCGAGAGCUGGAGUUCAACGAUGUUAUUGCACCUUCGCCCGCACCUACUGCGGAGAGCGGCGACGGAAAGUUUGGCGAGCCGUAUACGGGAGUUAGGACGACAUUGAAAAGGGAUGUUGUAGAGGAUGUGCGGGUUGAGGUUGUUGCCUUGGAGAAUGACUUCCUGUUUGCCACGGCUGCGAGAGGCGGCGGACUUGGGGCGGGCUCUCGACCUGGCGGAGAGGAGGGUGAGGGCGGGAGCGAAAGCGCAGAUCAAGAUCCAUGGAUGCCGUUCGAGAAGCUCGACAUUGAGCGGGAUAUUCGACCUUGUGCGACGGGAGUAUGCAACUGCUUAUCCUGA